AUGGAUACUUUACUUACAGCGGAAAUUGUGGCCAACUCUCCGCAGUUCCGGCGGAAGUCAUCCAUUUUUGUGGACGCCAUUCAUGACUUACCAGAAAAGGCCGAUCUGGCCCCAGCCCAGUUGUACAGUACUGAAUCAGGCCGGCUUUUUCACUCUGGACGUAUUGUGAUUAUCACAGUCGGAUUGCCCGCUAGAGGGAAAACACACAUUUCUGUGGCUUUAGCUCGUUACCUGAGAUGGCUUGGGGUCAAGACGAGAAUUUUCCAUCUCGGUGAUUACCGAAGAGCAACUAUUCCCUUUGGUGAGGAUAUGCCAGAAGAUUAUUUCUUUGUCAAUGCAUCCGCAUCAUCUGUCCUCCUUCGGCAGAAGAUUGUACGCAAGUGCCGCGAAGAUAUCUACCACUUCCUGAACCAUGAAAAUGGACAGAUUGCGAUAUACGACGCGGUCAAUCCCUUGGCCUCAGGACGGCGUUCGCUUGCCAAGGAAUUCGCCAAGCAUGAUAUAGAGACCCUUUUUAUUGAGUCCUGGUGUGAUGAUGAGCGUAUCAUUGAAGAAAAUGUUCGCCGAGUCAAGAUCUCAUCGCCAGAUUACGUGUCGUGGACACCAGAAGAAGCGGUCCGGCAUUAUUUGACUCGAAUCUCCUCGCGUAUUCCCCAAUUUCAGACUAUGGAGGAAAAGGACUUGAAUUACAUCAAGAUGAUCAAUGCUGGACAACGACUCAUUGUGAACAACGUCAGCUUCGGUUACCUAUCGAAUCGUAUUGUGUUCUAUCUACUGAACUUGCACAUCAAGUCGCGACGAACAUACUUUGUUCGAGCUGGUGUGUCUACAGAUCUUUCCUACAAGUCUGACUCUGGUCUAUCCGAAAAAGGUGAUGAUUACGCCCGCAAGAUGACGGACCGCCUACUGGCCCACCGGGAGUCCGAGAAACAAGAAAUGAUUCAACGUGGGGAUACAGGCUAUGAACUCCGGCCGCUGAAGGUUUGGACGUCAACCAGGCGUCGCACUGUUGAGACCGCAAAGUAUCUUUACGACAAGGGUUACAAGAUGUCGGAGAGACGAAUUCGCGCAGAGUGGCCAGACGAGGUCGCCAAACAUGAGCUUGACCCAUACCACCACCGGUACCCCCGUGCAGAGUCCUAUCACGACCUUGCCGUCCGUCUUGAACCUGUGAUUCUAGAAUUAGAGCGAGAGCAGAAUGAUUUGCUCAUCAUUGCUCACGAGAGUGUGCUGAGAGUUCUUUACGGAUAUCUCAUGGCGUGUAACGCAGCUGACAUUCCCUUCUUGGAAUUCCCGCGAGACGAAAUUAUCGAGAUCAUUCCGGAAAGUUACCAGAAUGAAGCCCGCCGAAUCCAUAUUCCCGACCUCCCGGAAGAGAUUAUUCCUGCCUCGCCCGAAGAUCUAAAGAUUCCAGUGCCCCCAAGCGGAAUGGUCUCCCCCAUGCAAGGUCUAGGUAGUCCACUGGACGGAUCGAGGACCCCGCAGAGUGGUUUGAGGACUCCAAGUGGACUUCGCACGCCUCGCGAGCCCGAGAGAAUCUCUCAGCAGCACGUCGAGGAUGUGGUUUGA